UAGUCUAACUCUGAGUACUUUAGUUUUAGUAUUUUGAUUUAGUAUUUAUUAUGUUCGCGUUGUAAAUAUUUCUCUGCGAUUUCAAUGCUGGCGAAUUCUCGUGGAACUCUCUUUUUGAAAAUAAUAUGUGAUAAUCUCUAGUUAUUAUUUACAAUAAAGAAGUGCUCAAUAUUGUUUGAUAAAGAGUAGUGCCAUAUAACCCAAUUUUAAAAUGGAUUCUCUACUUUAUGAUGACGAUGCUGAUUGUGGAGAUCAAUGUUUUGUAGAGUAUCAAGAUGAUUUAAUUUAUGAUUACCCACUUGAACAAGAAACUCUUUCAGAAAUGUAUAAUAAUUGUAUUGUUACAACAAUAUAUCAUACAUUUGUACAUUUAAUCCCUCUGAUAAGCGCUUCACUGACCUGUAAUCUUGCUGCCAGAAUAACUUAUAUUUCUCAUGACUUAUUCCACAGCAUAAUAGCUUUGAUUGGUAUUAUUAUGAUUUGGCAUUAUGCAUUUAAAGGCCUUUAUUUAUUAGUAUUUUUUACUUUUGCUUCAUACUUUUGUCUGUUUUUACCAAAAUCACUUCGUUCAGAAAUCAAAGUCUUUAUACCAAGUUUGUUGAUGAUUUUAUAUUGUGAAUACUUUUUAAAAAUAGAAGACUGGCAUAGUAUUAAAAGUGUCAUAAUGGUAGCAAGUAUGAAAGCUUCAAGUGUUGCUAUCGAUAUAAUUGAAUCAGAUACCAGAGUAAACUGUUUUGAAUAUGCUGGUUACAUGUUGUGCAGUGCAACAACACUUUUUGGGCCUUGGGUAUCUUUUGAAAAUUAUAAGAAUUUAUAUAGAAAAACAACUUAUAAAUUAUUGUGGAUAUUUGUAUCCAUAGGAUACAUGGCAGUAGCAUUUUUCUUUCUUUGCGUAUCAAAUUGCUGGACAAAUUGGAUUCUAAGUGACAAUGCAGGAAAAUGGAUGCUAGGUUUUAGAGAUGCACUAAGUUUCAGAACAUCUCAUUACUUUAUUUGUUUUUUAGCAUCCUCCCUAAUGAUGGUUAGCGGAUUUCCAAUUUCUCAAACAUUGAUAACAAAGCCUUUAGAAAUCGAAGUGCCUAGAUCACUUGUACAAGUAGUUGUAAGCUGGAAUAUUCCAAUGCACAACUGGUUAAAAACUUAUGUCUUUCGUCCCAGUCGUCGGCAACUGGGACGCUUUGGUACCAUAAUUCUGACGUACGCUGUAAGUGCGCUACUUCAUGGACUUAAUUUCCAGAUCGCCGCUGUUCUUCUCAGUUUAGGAUUUUAUACUUUCAUUGAAUACCAGUUAAGGAAUACACUGGCAAACGUAUUUGAUGCUUGUAUAACAUCAAAGCAGUGUUCUUUGCACAAAUGCGAGCAUUCAAGGACUCUAAUUAAUUGUUACUGGGUUAUUUUGGUAAACGUUGCCUUUAGUGCCUUAGCUAUAUUUCACUUAGCUUAUUUGGGCCUUCCAUUUGAUAGAUCAACAGGUCAAGAAACUGGCUACUGCUUUGAGCAUACAAUUGAGAAAUGGUCUCAAUAUGGAUAUUCUAGUCAUUUGGCUGCUUUUGCAACUUAUUGUGCUUACCAUUUGAUUAGUUGACACAACCAAAUAUUCGUAAGACGGGAUACUCAAUUGUAAUAAUUAACAAAAAUGUCACAAUUUUUUUACUAAAAUUAUUUUAUAAAUUAAGCUUUUAAAAUUUAUUUGGAUAUUUCAAGAAUUUCUUAUAUAUCUUUAUUUUGA